AGAAACUUUUGUGCCAACACUUGUGGCUCGUGUAAGGCGUUCUUCCGGAGGUCUGCCCUCAAGUCUACGGAAUUCAUAAGAAGUGAAACCGAAAACGAAGUCCGAAAGCAAAUAUAUAGAGAGAAACGACAGAAAAAACUAUUGGAAAAUAGGCUUAAAAAUUGUGUUGAUUUGUCAGAAACGGACUCAAAUCAAUCAAAACAGGAAUCCAUAGGAAUUGAUAGCAAUAAUAGCAAUGAAAGUAACGAAAUCGACGAAUGGAUAGACAGUAUAGACGAUAAAGAGCUGAGCGAACAGAUCGACGAAAUCAUGAGCUAUAUUACGGAAGAGACGGAAGCGAUGAAACAAAUCCGGCAAAAGUCGGCUGCGAUGGCAAUCGUACCGAUAGUCAAACCAAUGGUCGACUACUGCGGCAUAAAUCAGUUGGAGAGCAGCCGUAUAACCGAGUUGUCCGACGCGUCACUUGUGCUCAAUUACCCGCCAUUAAGUGACAAUAGGGUGACCAUCACCGGUCACCUGGAGAUGAUGAUCGUUACGAACGGAUUUUUUGAAACAAACAUCCAAAAUAUAAUCACUUUUACCAAACGUUUGCGAGGGUUUCAAAAGUUUUGCGCCGACGACCAGUUGGCGCUCGUAAAGCACGGCUUACUUGAUAUAACAUUUCUCCGCGGAUUUAAAUAUUACGAUAUACAGAAUCAAGAUGAAAAUAACACAUUAACAGUGGGUUUAUGUGACUUUAAAGAUCACAAGAGAAAUACAUACGAUAUGAUACUUUUAUUAAUCAGCAAACUAUUACCCGAGUGGGACCAGGAUGAUAUUUUAAUGGAUUUAUUAACUGCAAUUGUUUUACUUAACCCAAAGCGACCGAAUCUAUUGCACAGACAAACUAUUAAACUCGAACAACAACUAUAUCUACUAUUGAAGUGUGGGUCAGAAUCGGAGUCCAAACCGAGACUACAGGCGCUCAUGAAUUCAUUAACCGAUCUCUCAAUUACUGCCGAAAGUCAUAAACGCUAUGAAUUGUCAGAAGUGGCCGAAAAUAGUGCACUCAUUCAAUAUUACGGCCCAUUAUUUCGAGAGAUUUACGAUUUG